UCUCGCGGCGUCUUGUUAAGUCUCUUUAGGAAGGCGGCUGCGUGGCGAGGAGGAGCACCUGGCCGGGUGUUGCUGGGUGUCGGGGCGCCGAGGAGGACCUUCUUCCUGCCUUCCCUCGCUGCCCUCAGCCGCUCCUCAUCCAGAAACGAACGAUUAUAAACAAGUAGAUGGUGUACUCGUGAAUUAGGCUGACGGCCAGCUAAAUCAUCACGAUAAGCAAGCAGGCGCCCGUCACGUCCCUCCACCGAACUAAAACCUUCCUUGGGGCGACAGUCCUGUUUGCCGCACGAGUCUCCCGCACAUAAUAAUGACUCAUACGUAUAUAAAAGAAAUAGCUGCGUGUGGAGGUUUUUAGAGCUCGAAGGUCACUCGAAGAUUCGCUAGAUAAGGUCCAGCUUAUUGCAACAGAGGACGCACUUCCAACAAAUACGUUUAAUCAGUGUCACCAAGAGGUGUUAUCGAGCUCCAUGAUAAUCCUGGGCUUUGGCGUCCGCACCCUCGCACACCCACCGAGCCCUGCACUCACUCCCGGUCUCCAGCCCCGCGAGUGAAUCAGAAGUUGUGUCCCGCUUCAGGGAGAGCUUACGAGGAAGACGGCAGCCGCGGCAGCGGUGGGCGGCGUGUGCUGGUGACGGGCCUAGUUCGCUCGGCUGCCGCCAGAGUCCGCCACUGCCCGAGUCGUGCUGUUUCCCCUCCGUCGCUCUGACCCCAAGCCAGCCAGCCGGCGACCCACCUGCCUGCUCUCCCUCACGCCGAGUAAAACAGCUAUAUGAUAGUCCCCCGCUAGUAUCCCUUGGGCACGAGGAAUCACACCCAGGGGCUACACCGUAUGGUUGGGGGAGAGAGGAGUUCUGGCGGAACCCAUUGACACCAAACUUGCUGCAGACACCACAAAAAUUAUGUAAUGAAUUGGUGUUGUAUUAGCAACUGAUAAAACUCCUGGACUGAUAUCUUGUUACCGUUUGAUAUCGUCCGUCAAAAAAAGUACCUUGUCGCUGCGUGCGACGGGAGUAUGAACGUGUCCCUGUACGUGUGAGUGUGUGCAUAAGUGCGUGUGUGUGAGUGUGGGUGCCUGUGUGUGGCGGGGUCGUGGCGGGUCCGCUGAGGCAGGGCGGGAGGGUGGACGGAGGACCCGCCGGCCACCUCUGCUCAGUCACCCAGCGGACAUAGCGGCGCGCAGUCCUGCCGCACCGCCCAGUUGCCGCUCAGUCCACCACUGGCACCCGACCCAGGCGGCGGCACACAGCGGCGGCUCCAUCCCUGCCACCGCUCUUGUGGCAUCUCCACCUGAGCCGCACCCAUGGACCUAUUACUGGAUAUUCUUGAUUCUGUUGUGGUGAAAUUAAUAAUGUAGAGGAUCAACGGUUGAAGAUUAUGAAUUCCCGAAACCCUUCCUCGACUUUAAUUUUUGAAGUGUCAAGUGAAGCAAGGAAAUAGAAAAUAGCCGCCAGGAGAGGGAGGGAAGGCGGUGAAGACCCUGUGUGGUGGUGACGCGGGAGGCUGUGAGGGCAUGAUACUGAGGUAGGCGAGGACACAGCAGCCACCUCCUGUAUGAAACUCCGCAGUCCUGACUCGGAUAAGAUGGAAGUGUUGUAUCCGGGCAACCUGGCUCUGCUGAGCAUGUUCCUUAAAAACCCAGAGACGGACAAAGGCGAAAUCAAGACGGACGAGGGAAAGAGAGGUGACGGCGCGGGCGAGUGUGCCGACGUGCUGACGUGUGGGGUGUGCCAGAAGGACUUUCUUUUGGCCGACAUCCUCCGCUUCAUCCAGCACAAGGUCCACAACUGUCAGGCUCCCAGUGCGCCCUGCGGUCAGGACGCGUCUUCGGGGGAGCAGGACGCCCCUGCCAGCGCCCCGCCCUCGGCCACGAGAGACCAUAAUGGUGACGUGGGCUCCGAGGGGCCCUCCAACCCGGCCAGUCCCGCCACCGUCACGGGGGACGGCGAUGAUAGUAAGGCCGAUGAAAAACGCAAGAGAGACGACGAAGACGACGCUCCUGCGAGGAAGAAGCCGCGAAGCACUCAAGAUGCAGAGGCCAACACCACUGACUCCGAGCCUGCUCGGUACGUGUGUGGCACCUGCGGCGCCGUGCUGGGGUCAGCUUGGUCGCUCGUGCAGCACGUCCAGUCCUCGCACGGCAUCAUCAUCUACCAGGAGGGCCCAGGGGGCAUACCCCUCACCACCCCCUCCACGCCGCCAGGCCUGCCGCGGCCCUCACACUCUUCCCCGCUGGCUUCUGUGUCUUCCACAGCCACCACGGCCUCGGGACCUCAUCCACCUCCACUCCAGUUGCUAGACCCAUCGAAGGUGGAUAUUACCAAGGUAGACAUCACCAAGGUGGACCUCUCCAAGGUUGACCUGAGCAAGAUAGCAACGCCAGUGACGUCAGGCGCCACCCCCUUGCCACCCCACCCUCCCGUGACGGCUCCCCUCCUAGACCCCAGCCACCCAUUCAACCUCUUACGAAUGCCCAUUGGGGACGCCCGCGCCCCCUUUCCACCGGGCCUUACCCCACCCUUUGUGCGGCCGGGCCAUGACUUUCGGAUGGACCAGCUGCUUCAGGAGGGACUGCGCCUCAACCCCGGCCUGCUUCCUCCGCACUUUGAAAGGCCGCCCUUUCUUGACCCCGGGCUGGGCGCACCCCGCCAUGCGGCGCCCACGCCCCUAAACACAGGCGGUGACCCAAACCUUGACUUCUACUCCCAAAGGCUUCGGCAACUGGCCGGAACCACCAGCCCCACCAGCUCCACUUCACCCCGAAAGCCUCUUCCAACUCCUCCUUUUUCCUCACCCAAUGGCCCCACGCCCUCCAGCCAGCCUCCCUCCCAGACGCCCACAUCCACUCGAACUGACUCAACAUCGACGGCGUCCAAGCUUCGUCGAUUCAAAUGUAUGACAUGCUACAAGAGUUUUCGUUGGGAGAGCAACCUGGUUAUCCACCAAAGACUCCACACGGGCGAGAAGGACUACCGCUGCCCCAAGUGUCAGGAGACUUUAUCCACUCCCCAGUCAGUGCGAGCACACAUGAAAUCUCAUAAAAAAUCAUCAUCCACUGAAAGUAAUUCUCCUGAUUCCUCGCGACCUCAGACUGAGGACGAUAAUGAUGAGGAAGAGGAAGAAGAAGAGGAGGAGGAGGAUGAAGAAGAAGAAGAGGAAGAACCCGAUGAUGAGGACGAAAACCCAUCUAUUUGUGAUACUGGAGAUGAGGAGGAGGACAUUGUGGAAGAUAUUGAAGACGAUGAGCCUGAAGAUCUCUCAACGACAUCCAAGUCCAUACCGACGCCCACCUCCCAGAGCGUCUCCUCCAGCACGGCGGAGAACCACAAGAUGCCGCUCGGGGAUCAGCGGACCGUCGUGGGGGAACUUAUCGACAAGUUUGGUCUGGGCAACAUCUCCGCUUAUAGUGAAGCUUACCAUCAGGCGCUGAAAGAGUCGGGGCGUCUGUCUCAUCACCAUAUUGGAAAAGAUGGAGAAAAACUUCAUACAAACGGAAUCGAAAAGUUAAAGUUACGAGAUGAUCUGACGAAGGGGUUGAUUGGCUCCCAGCCGACCCUUGACCUAGCUCACCAAACACUCUUGGGAGCCUUUGAUAACCCAUAUGACGCCCAGAAGAGGAUUGCCGCAGUCCAGAGAGACGGAGGCCUCUAUGCCGGGCUGUGGUUCCCCAACCUUGCGGGAACAGGAGCUUCACCAAAAGAUAUUUUUUCCGGCAUGCCAACAUCGGACGCCAAUUUUUUACAUCGGAAGCUGAUGCCCGAGGGUCCAAUGAAGCCUGGAGACGUGCCGGUAGCUCUCCCCAAGCCCGGCACCAGCUCGGGCCCCGGCACUCCGAUCUCCCUCGUUCCACCAACAAAAAAGGAAAGCCGUAGAAAUGAUACAUGUGAGUUUUGUGGCAAAGUGUUCAAGAACUGCUCGAAUCUCACUGUGCACCGACGCUCACACACCGGGGAGAAACCUUACAAGUGUGACCUGUGCAGCUACGCGUGUGCCCAGAGCUCCAAGCUGACGCGGCACAUGAAGACACACGGCCGCAUGGGCAAGGACGUGUACCGCUGUCGGUUCUGUGACAUGCCGUUCAGUGUGGCAUCAACUCUAGAAAAACAUAUGAGGAAAUGUGUUGUUAAUCAAAACAAGAAAGGCUUGUUCCCACCCCUCUCCACCGGUGGCCACGAGGGUCUGGACUCCUAUAAGGGACUCCACUUCACGCCCGUCAUCAGCGAUGAUUCUUCCAAGUCCGGCAGUUUGUUCUCUCCCCACUUCAACACCUCCACCACCGCCGCCAACACCUCGAAUGACGAUACAGGAGAUUCAUCAAACCUGUCGGGCCCCGGAUCUUGAGAAUGGGCCCCCAUGGCAGCCCCCCAAUUGCCGCCGCCAGGAAGCCAGGGACUAGCUCCUCCUGCUAUGCGAUUCCCGAGGGCACCCACCCACCCUUGGGUCCCGCCUGGUCGCCCACCACCACCACCACUUCUGCUGCGGGGAGUGACUGGCCCCAUGGCUCCCUCUGCUCCUCCCUGGACUCCACCUGUGACGCCGCGGCCACCGGGGACGCCACCCAGCACCCCGGGCCCGGUGUCGACCACUUGACCGGCGGCGGCGAUAGCAGCGGCAGGGCGGGCGGCAAGCCCGCACAUUCCCACACCUCGCGUCACGUGACUUCCCCAUGAGCGGUGCCCUUCCUGCCCUCCCGUGGUUUAGGGCGCCUCAACAAGCUAGUCCUGUGUGUUGUGCGACGGUGACGGCAGCAGCAGCAGCAGCCCGCCCACACUUGGCCCAUUGUUCCUAUUGAUGUUAUAUGUUGUGUAGUGUGUGUUGUCCUACCAUGACUGGUCACAACAGUGACAGAAGGUGCGCUUACCCUUUGAUGUGUCUGCCACCGUCAGCUGACCCCAGCUGAUAUAAACACUAGUUGAUUGUAACCAACUGUGCGUGCGCCGGUGUUACCAUCUGUUGAUUCUUACCGGUGCUACGAAAGUUCUUCAGCAAGUCAGCCACGAUGAGCCUGUAUUACUUAUGCACUUAAUCGAUGGGAGAUGGAUCAGACUACCAACCAGUUACCGUGUCUAAGCUACAUGAGGCUUCUAGAUUAUCAUUACGCAGUUUCUUGCUCAAUACUGUGAUGCGACAUACAAGGAACUAAGCACUAUGAGGCAAAGAACGAGGCCCAGAUGAUCUCUUCAGCUGUGUUAAUUCACCAGAUAUUUUGAGUUGUGUAUUUGGCUGAUCUAGGGAGCUUGUUAUUGUGUUGUUAAUAUUUUUAGAGAAAGAAGAGGAAUAGAGUAGCUAUUUGGUGCAAAGAUGGCGCCCCUUCACCUCAGGGAUGCCAACACUGUCUGCGCGGGUGGUUGCCGGUACUGCAACAACUGUAAAGUGAGGUUUCAUCCGUUACGUUGUUUUAGCCAGAACACUCCUCUGAGUAGUGUGGCCGCUAUUGGUCAUGAUCCUCGGCUAACGUAGUAUUCUUAUCAUUUUCAAAUCUAAAACUAUAGUUUCACUUGACAUUUUUCAUUAACAUGGAAGAAAAAUCUUAUAAAUUAAUACCACCGAGUGUGUUCUGGAGGAAGCAGGUGGCCGGCGCCGCAUUGUCCCGACGCCCACGUUGUUCCAGCCAGCGCAGGUUUGCACUCAGAACCGGAUCUUCGGGUUUCCUGCAAAAAAUCGAACGGUCAAGCGACGCGUUGCUCUCUGUCAUCCAUAUUUUAUUUGGUGUGAUUCAACCAAAGCAACUUACUGUUAGUACACUGACUCCAGACGACACUGUUCCCAACAAGUAAGAAUAGAGGCGGCUCAGUGACCUGAAAUGGAAAAAAUACAAAAAUGUUGAUGAAUUAAUUAUUUUAAAGAAAAUCUAAACUCGUCAUAUACAUCUCUCCCCGCCCCAGCGGCCUAGGAGUUGCUGGGGCGGGGUGGGGCCGCGAGUGGUCUGCUACCCACGCGGGGCAGCAGGGCCGGACAGGUGACGCAGGGCAGGGGGCGGGGCCGCACGUGGUGGGACGGCCUUGACAAACUGUGUAAUAAUGUCAUGUAAUUUUUUUCAAUCUUUUUUUUUUUUCUUUUUUUUUCAUCGUUCCUUUCCGAGGCCAGGCAUGUCCGAGCGGCGCCACGCCCUCCUGGGUCACCGGGCCCCAGUAUCACCAGUGCUGGGUGCCCGCGCCGCGCGCUCCUCCGCCGCCGCCGCCGCCGUUUGGCCACGCUUGUUUGGGUUAAGCCGUUCACUUCCUUGUUUCACCCUAUGGCAGUUUACUUUUAUUUCAUUGUGUAUUGUUAUUCUCGCGUGUUUUUUGUUCCCUUGGCUCCCCGCCGCCAGAAGACAGACACGCGUGCCUCGUCUCUGGCUCCAUCAGUAUUAUCUUGUUUUGUAUUCAUUUCUUGUUUUUCUUUCGCUUUCCUUCGUUCAUUGACGUUCGCGUAAAAGAACGUUUUAGAAAGAGCGUUCCAGCUGCUAUACAGAUAUUUUUGUUUGCACUGACAACAUUCCUUUAUUAUUUACUUUGAUUGCUAAAGGUUAUUUUCGUUAAAUGUUGUGUUUCUUUUCAUAUUAAUUAGUUAUGUUUUGAUAUUUUGCUUUCGUUAAUCCGCCCAAAAUACAACAAAAAAACAUCUGUUGAUAUAUUCUGGAGAAGGUUAGAGUGUGCCAUAUUAGGAAGGCUUUCAUCUGUUGAUACGCAGUGCGAGGUGUUACUUGACCUCCAGCCAAAAUUAUCAUUGUGCUAACUUCAUAUGAUUGCAAACUGCAUCAUUUUCUGUCAAAAAUUAGCAAAGAUUUAUAUUCUGUCUCAUCUUUGCCUUUACUUUCAACUCUCUUAGUGGGAGCAUUGGUUACCUGGGCUUUAAUUUGUCUGCUUCCAAGGGGACGGCUUCCGAGCUGUGGUGGCUUCCGGCUUCCCCUUGUGUAGCCUGAGGGCGCCGUCGCGGUGGCCUCGGGCCCUGUGUGGGCGAGGCCUAGGCCCGCCCAGCCGAGGCGCCCUCAACUCUCUCGAACGUGGCUUUCGAGCUUCUCAUAAUGUGAGCUUCAUAAUGUCCACAGUAUGGGGCUGAAGCCUCUCAUAAUAAAACCAAAGAUAACGACUAAAAUGCGCCACGCCCACGUUCCCGCCGCCCACUAGGGGGGGCGGGGACGCGGCGGAAAGGCUGCAUUUUGGACCAGUUCUACCCUGUAAAUACUGUACAUAAGAUAGUUUAUAUUUGUAUAUGUAACUAUAGAUUAUUACUGAUAUGAACUUUAUCUCAAAAUUUGUACAAUUGAUGGUUAUGUCAACACUUCUACAAAGACCCAUCUCUGCACCAAAUAACUCACUGAUUUUUUUAUUUUGAUUUCAAAGUGUUUUCUUGUCUUACUAUGUUUUGAAUCAGCAGUCUUAAAGAUCUGUUGGAGAUAGAUCUAAACUGCACAUAGGAUUAAUUACUAUGGUGUCCAGUGGUGGGGACGUCGGGCCCUUCAGUGACCCGCACUCCCCCGGGGUAGGGCUGCACGCCACGCAGCAGCAGCCCUCGGCGGGGCUGCCUGCACGUGCACGAUCAGGCGCACCAUGUCACAGACCAGAAAAAGUAACACGACAGGGUAAGGGCUGGGCCACACGUGCUGCCUGCAGGACCCCGGCCACUCUCGGCCACGACGGACAGCCUGGCUCCAGGGCGGUAAUGUGUGGCCAUCGGGUGGUGGACAAGUACCAGAAUGAUGCUUGCCAGACAGGCGGCCAGGAUGACGCCGCGCCUGCUUGGCGUCCCUUGGCUGGCUGCUGGCCACAGGGCCGGGCCGGCCUGCUGUGGGCCAGGAGGACGUGGCUGGCCGGCGGCUCGCUGCCUCACUCGCUCAGAGCUACCGUGUAAAACAUCUGUGUUCUGUAUUCUUGAAUUGGGGUAAACCCCGUUGUUAAUUGUAUGCACAGUUUUUAUUGUAAUUAAGGUAGUGAAAUGAAAUGAUCUUACUUGUAAAAAGAUGACUGUACCGAACACUGAUUUUUAUUAAUGUCGUUUACAAUCACUGUGAAGCAGAAACUUUAGUGUCACUAAUAAAGACUGAGAGAAUUCCGUGGCGUUGCUUACCCGAGUGACCAAUGCGCUUGUACCUGCUGUAAUGUGCGCCCCCGGGCGGCGGGAACGGUGUUCCUCAGGGGGCACCGCCCCGCGGCCGGCGGGGGCGCGCUGCGCAGCACAAAGGGAGUAACUGACCAUUUAGUUUCUGCAGUUUGAAACAAACCCGCGUGUAACAUGCUUUUUAUCGAUGGUGCAACAAAAAAAUAAUAAUAAAUCUCUUAUGUAGGAUUCAGUCAGUCGCUCGAUCCUCUGCUGGCGAUAGUCACUUGUUUCCUAUGUACGAUCCAGCAACUCUACUAAACCAGAGGAAAGCGGUGGAGGACCUGUGCUAUUUCUACGACACACUGUUCUCAUCUAUUUAUUAGAUUACAAUUGGCGUGAGGAAACAAAACCUUUGUACAUGUAGAGUUGAAUAAAUGUAUUUAUCUUCGUC